AUGCACCUCGGCGCCUGGUUAGGUCCGCUGUGCCGGGGUCUGCGCAGGCCCGUCGGACGGACCCCCCAGCUCGUCCGCGGGGCUCUGUCCAGAAGGCUGGUGCUGAGCUCCCGCAGGAGAAUUCCAGAAUUCAAUAGCUUUGUUUCCCGGACCAACACUUGUGGAGAGUUGCGUUCUUCUCACUUAGGUCAAGAAGUCACCUUAUGUGGAUGGAUUCAGUACCGAAGGCAGAACAUCUUCCUAGUCCUCAGAGAUUUCCACGGUCUGGUUCAAGUUAUCAUCCCUCAAGAUGAGUCAUCUGCCUCUGUGAAGAAGAUUUUAUGUGAAGCCCCUUUGGAAUCCGUGGUGAAAGUGUCUGGGACUGUCAUUUCUCGACCUCCAGGACAAGAGAAUCCAACAAUGCCAACUGGUGAGAUUGAAAUAAAAGUUAAAACAGCCGAACUUCUGAAUGCCUGCAAGAAGCUGCCCUUUGAAAUGAAAGACUUUGUGAAGAAAACAGAGGCUCUUCGCUUGCAGUAUCGGUACUUGGAUUUGCGCAGCUCCCAAAUGCAGUACAAUCUGAGAUUGAGGUCUGAGGUGGUUAUGAAAAUGCGGGAGUAUCUCUGUAAUCUGCAUGGGUUUGUAGAUAUAGAAACCCCAACAUUGUUUAAGAGGACCCCAGGGGGUGCCAAGGAGUUUUUAGUACCAUCCAGGGAGCCUGGAAAGUUUUAUUCUCUCCCUCAGAGUCCUCAACAAUUUAAGCAGCUUCUGAUGGUUGGUGGUUUAGACAGAUAUUUUCAAGUUGCUCGAUGUUACCGAGAUGAAGGCUCAAAACCAGACAGACAGCCUGAAUUUACUCAGAUUGACAUAGAGAUGUCUUUUGUAGACCAGAUGGGGGUCCAGAGUUUGAUUGAGGGUUUGCUCCACUAUUCCUGGCCCAGUGAUAAAGAUCCUGUAGUGACUCCUUUUCCUUCUAUGACUUUUGCUGAGGCAUUAAGCAGCUAUGGAACUGAUAAACCAGACACUCGCUUUGGGAUGAAGAUUGUAGAUGUCAGCAAUGUGUUCAGAAAGACAGAGAUAAGAUUUCUUCAAGAUGCACUUAGCAAGCCCCAGGGAACGGCCAAAGCCAUCUGUGUCCCUGAAGGAGUCAAACACAUAAAAAGGAAAGACAUUGAAUCCAUUAAACAGUUUGCAGCUGACCAAUUUAAUCAGGAAGUCUUACCUAUAUUCCUAAAAGCCAGUAGAAACUGGAAUUCACCAGUUGCUAAACUCGUAACAGAGGAUCAGAGAUUGGAAUUAAUCAGACUAAUGGAGAUUCAAGAGGAAGAUGUAGUCUUACUAACUGCUGGGGAGCAUAAGAAAACGUGUUCUUUGUUGGGAAAAUUACGACUGCAGUGUGCUGACCUUCUGGAAACGAAAGGCAUGGUACUCCGUGACCCAGCACAGUUCUCGUUCCUGUGGGUGGUGGACUUCCCACUCUUCCUUCCGAAGGAGGAAAGUCCCACAGAGCUGGAGUCAGCUCACCACCCAUUCACUGCUCCCCACCCCAGUGACCUUCACCUCCUCUACACUGAGCCUGAAAAGGUUCGUAGCCAACACUACGACUUGGUAUUAAAUGGCAGUGAGAUAGGAGGUGGUUCUAUCCGAAUUCACGAUGCACAACUGCAGCAGUACAUCCUGGCAACAUUAUUAAAGGAAGAUGUGAAAUUGCUCUCGCAUCUGCUGCAGGCUUUAGAUCACGGGGCACCCCCUCAUGGAGGAAUUGCCUUAGGGUUAGAUAGGCUGAUGUGCCUCAUCACUGGAGCUCCAAGCAUCAGAGAUGUCAUAGCCUUCCCCAAAUCCUUCCGGGGACAUGACCUCAUGAGCAGUGCCCCAGAUUCUGUCCCAGUGGAAGAACUAAGGCCUUAUCAUAUCCAGGUAUCCUGGCCAACAGAGGCAGAAGCACAAAAGGAUUCACUGAAUCAGCCUCACCAACAAGAAAGUUGAAUUUUAGCUUUUGCGCUACAGGGCGUACAUAACGUCUUUGGGUGGAAAUAAUCCAAGUGUUCUUCACAGUAAGGAAACAGGCGUGGCAGCCCACACUUAAUCCCAGCAGCCAGGCUUUGGCAGCAGAAUCAUGAGUUCAAGG